AUGAGCGCUCCGGAGGAAGCCGCCGAGGGGACGGAAGAAAAUGAUCGCGUCGUUCUUCCCGUGAAGAAGCUGCGGCGGAACGGCAAGCGGCUGCUGGCCGGCGCCGUGCUGCUGGCCGGGGCCGUCGCCGUCUACCACCAGCUCGUCGUCGCCAACGUCCGGAGCGCCCGCGGCGGUCUGAAUGCUGCUGGGGAAGAUGGCCGCCCGAGAGGAGCACCGUCCGACGGCGAGGCCGGAGGGGAUUACCGGUUGCACUCGUGGGAGGACACAGCCGGCUGGCGUUCCAGCUACACCCAGCAGGCCUGGAAACCAGAGUAUAAGGGACAGGCCAACCUCCAUAUCUUUGAGGACUGGUGUGGCAGCUCCACGGCCCAGCUACGUAAGGCCCUGCACUACCCACUGUACCCCCAUUCUAGAACAACGGUGCAGAAGCUGGCUGUGUCUCCUCAGUGGACCAACUAUGGCCUCCGAAUCUUUGGCUACCUGCAUCCGUUCACUGACGGAGAUUUUGUGUUUGCGGUGAGCUCUGAUGAUAACUCUGAAUUUUGGCUCAGCCAGAAUGACACUCCCUUUUCCUUGAAAUUACUGGCUUGGGUAGGCAAGACAGGCACAGAGUGGACUGCCCCGGGUGAGUUUGACAAAUACGCCAGCCAGAUCUCCGGAUCAGUUAGGCUGUCUGCCAGGAAGAGGUACUUUUUUGAAGUGAUCCACAAGCAGAAUGACAGAGGGACCGAUCACGUGGAGGUGGCGUGGCGACUCAACAAGGAGGGUCUCAAGUUCACGGUCGUCGACUCCAAGCACAUCUCCCUCUACGCAAAUGAGUCUGCCUUGUUGAUCAGCGACGUGGCCCACAUACCACAGACGGCCGCCAGCCAUGCACACAGCCCCAGCAAGCAGCCCAGCGCCGAGGCCGACAUGCUGAGGGAUGACCCUCGAGACAUCCUGUACCGCAUGCCCCUGAUGGACAGCAGGUUCCUACAGGGUGUUCUGCCAGACUGCUCCUACAACCCCAGCUACAUAAUCAAAGGCUUCCCCCUGCUCCGCUACCAGGGAUUGCAGUUCGUCCACAUGACCUAUAUCUACCCAAACGAUUUCACCCGGCUUACACACAUGGAGACGGAGGAUAGCUGCUUCUACCGUGAGAGCGGCUGGCGGCUCCACAUGUUUGGUUUCGCUAGGUAUAUGAAACUGGACCAUCCUGAGAUACAGGAGAGACGGAACAGAGCCAAAGGCCUUGGUCUCUAUGGGAGGGAACUGGACGUGGAAAAGGAUUUUGAUGAAGAACCUUAUCCCAGGAAGGUGGGAGUGAAACGCCAAAGGGACAACGCCAUUCUGAAAGACUACGGCGACGACUACGAUGAUUACGUGCUGAGCCGCAGGCAGAGACUCUUUUCCUUAGACACUGAAAAAAACAACGGCGUGCCAAAGAGCAUGUCUGCUGCGGGCUUCUACGGAAGGAAGAGGGAGCAGAAAGUAGACUUGCGACCCCAACCAGCAGAGCUGCGUGUAAAGAACCAGGAUGAACUGCUGCAGUCCAGGGCAAUGGAUAACAUGAUGCGUCAACGACUCCAGGAUCACAGCUGGGUGGAGAGUAACCCGGAUAGCCACGUAAAACUGAGAGAAGAGGUAAAACCAACAAGAAGGCCAAGACCAGCCCAGAUUCAACGACCAAAACGUGUAGAAAGAGACGUUAAACCAAAACAGAGAGAACUACUGGUGCCGGUGAGGAGAGAGCACCCCAGACCAGACAUGGGAGAGCAGCAGCCUGUACAGAAGGGGCAUGAAAGGGGGCAACCCGUAGCAGAAUCCAAACGUCGUGCCCAGAUUCUUGCAAAAAAGAACGACAGCAAGCCGGUCCAGAGGCUCAAAUACUUACUGCCCCCAGCCCUAGACAGGAAUAUCUCUUCACUUAAAAAAGCAGCAUUUGUCCAGCAAAAGAGAAAUGCGACCCAAACUGCAGCGCUCUUGUUAACAACGCCACAGGCAGAUUUAGUAAAGCCAAACCAGAGGGACGCGGCUCCCAGGAAGAGCAUCAGGGAGCGGGAGAUAGAGCUGAAUAUACCUUUACAACAGGAUAUAGACAACAUCAUCCACCACGAUAGGAUGACCACAAGGGCUAGACUAAACAGAGGGUGGCUAGAUAACACAGGAGAAAAGGAGGAUUUGAGAGAAGAAGAGGAGAUCAGAGGCAUUAAAGGAAGGAAAAGGAACACCAGGGAGGGAGAAAGAGACAGCUUGUGGCAACCAGAAGGAGAUGAUGAAGAUGGAAAUGAUGAGGAAGAGCUCUACGACCUCACCCCUGCGCCCGUGUUUGACGCUGAGGUCAGGUGGAGCCAAACUUUCCAGGUCAACCAACUGGACCUGCAGGCGCUGCGAUCCGAUUGGAUAGACCUGAGCUGUAAUGUCUCCGGAAACAUCAUUCUCCGUGCUGCCGAUGCUCAGGACAUGGUGAUGGCAUUCAUGGACAAACUUAACCACGAGCACCACGGGCGCUUCAGCCUUGUGCAUGUGGUCAACGUGGAGAAGCGGGUGGACAGGGGCCAGGGCAACCGGUACCUUUUGGAGCUGGAGCUGAAGGACGCGAACGGCCAACUGCUGCGCCUGUCACAUUACAUCUAUGCCCUCGUUCGCCGCAAAAAGCGCCGCGUCAGGGACUUUGCCUACCAAGAAAGCACUCCCGAAGUAGUGCUGUGUAACCCUGUUAGCUUCCACUGGAACCCCGCCGCCAUGGUCCACUUCAUCGUGCCAGUGAAAAACCAAGCCCGCUGGGUUAAACAACUGAUUGUCGACAUGGAGGCUUUGUACAAAGACACUCAAGACCCCAACUUCAACCUCAUCAUCACGGACUACAACAGCACAGAUAUGGAUGUGGAGAAAGCUCUCCACGCCUCUAUGCUUCAGAGGUACCAGUAUGUGAAGCUGAGUGGAAACUUUCAGCGUUCUGCCGGUCUGCAGGCAGGCAUCAACCUGAUCACUGAUGACCACAGCAUAGUGUUCCUGUGUGACUUGCACAUUCACUUUCCUCCCUCCAUUAUCGACACCAUCAGGAAGCACUGUGUUGAGGGACACAUGGCCUUUGCUCCCAUAGUCAUGAGACUUGGUUGUGGGGCCACACCCAAAGAGGCCAGAGGUUACUGGGAGGUCAAUGGGUUUGGCCUGUUGGGUAUCUAUAAGUCAGAUCUGGAUGCAGCUGGCGGGAUGAACACCAAGGAAUUCACGGACCGUUGGGGGGGUGAGGACUGGGAGUUACUUGACAGGAUCCUUCAGUCAGGUCUGGAGGUGGAAAGGAUCCAUUUGAGGAAUUUCUUCCACUACUACCACUCCAAACGUGGCAUGUGGAACCGGCGCACAAUGUCCUCCCACCUCGGCUGACCUCCCCCUCCCCCCCCCCCGCAGCCAUGACAUCUCCACGGACGCAGCUUCUUAACCAACAGUGCCUGUCGAAUGAUGAAGAGUGGGCGGGCAGCAGGAAGCUGGAUACAUGGACUUUAGCUCAGGUCACUUCAGCUCUCGGCUGCACACAUGAGAGCAGCGGGAUUCAUACUCACGUCACUAUGCUGGGGAUACGUUUAAUCUGACACAGUGCAAUACCGAAUCUACUACUACUGACUACAGAGGUACUAGCAAAUAUUUGCGGUGGACUAUAUCUGAAAAAUACUGACGCAAAGUAUGUUGCUGACCGACACGGCGACUGUCUGCACUUCCUGCUGCAUUACUGAACCACCCUGAUCCAAAAAGAGAAAAUCCAGAUACAGAAAUAAGUAAUGUGUGUAAAUCAGAAAUGUGUUAUGUUGCUUGACGGUGGUUAGACACAAACACUCCGAGACCGUAGAAAAGACUCUCGUGCAGAGAGCGCCACCACACAAAAAAAUCACAAGGGCAAGGGUGAGUUAGAUUUUAUUUUAUUGUGACUUCAUGGAAAGUGUACUCUAGUGCACAGCCAUAGCUUAACUACUCCGUUAUGUAGUGAAUGAUGGAAAGCUUUGUAUUUAUUACAUCAA